AUGAUUGAGAGCCCACCCUUAAAGGCUGAAGCCUCUGAUAGGCGUAUACCUUACUGGCGGUUGAUGACCGACCAAGGGGUAAUCACCCAAGAGAUUCUCGAAUACGACUAUGAUGGCGCUGGCACCGAAGAGGACCCUUAUGCUAUAUCAUGGAUUCCAAACGACCCUCGAAACCCACUGUUAUUUGACACAACAACAAAGGUGACCAUCACCUUGGCCGUCGCGUUCUCCACCCUGAUUGUGUCCUUGACGUCCUCAGCCUAUAGUGGCAGCAUGCGCCAAAUAGAGGACCAUUUCCAAGUCAGCACUGAAGUAGCCACCAUCGGCCUCUCGCUGUUCGUAUUGGGAUUCGCUAUCGGACCCUUGUUCUGGGCUCCAGUAGGCGAGACACUUGGACGACAGAUCCCUUUCUUCGUCAGUACCGGCAGCUUGGCCAUAUUCUCAGCAGGUUGCGCCGGUGCCCAGAACAUCCAAACCCUUCUCGUUCUGCGUUUCCUAGCGGGCGCUUUUGGCUCUUCCCCAUUCACAAAUGGUGGCGGCAGCAUCUCUGAUAUGUUCACUGCCCGACAGCGAGCAUUAGCCAUCAGUCUCUAUGCCGCCGCCCCUUUCCUAGGACCUUGCUUAGGUCCAAUCAUUGGAGGCUUUCUAAGCAUGAAUGCUGGAUGGCGAUGGGUAGAAGGCUUCCUUGCAGCAACGGCUGGCCUAGUAUGGAUAGUCAUCACCGUGACAGUGCCAGAAACCUAUGCCCCCGUGCUUCUACGUCGAAGAGCCGAGACCCUGUCACGCAUCACGGGCGAGGUAUACCGCAGCAAGGCCGACCUAAGCAAAGGCAAACAAUCCUUACCGAAACUCUUGUCCAAUGCCAUGUCGCGUCCGCUAUUAUUGCUCUUCCGAGAGCCCGUUGUGCAACUCUUCUCGAUCUACAGCGCCAUCGUCUACGGCACACUGUAUAUGUUGUUCUCCGCCUUCCCCAUUGUCUACGAAGAAGGCCGAGGCUGGAACCAAGGCGUGGGCGGACUAGCCUUCCUGGGAGUAAUGAUCGGGAUCAUGUUGGGCAUUCUGACAACAAUCCCGUAUAACAAGUUAUAUCAGCGCGCACAAGAUGCCAACGGAGGCUACGCACCCCCAGAAGCUCGUCUGCCAGGCAUGAUGCUCGCGGCCAUCAUCACACCCGCUGGCCUUUUCUGGUUCGCGUGGACGAACUCGCCAUCGAUUCACUGGAGUGUGAGUGUUAUCGCGGGUGCGCCGUUUGGCUUUGGCGUCGUCCUGAUCUACUUGGGCGUUAUGAAUUAUCUCAUUGACUCGUACACCAUUUAUGCUGCCUCGGUGUUGGCUGCUAAUGCUAUUCUGCGUUCUAUUUUCGGCGCUGUCUUUCCCCUGUUCACCAAUUACAUGUACCGGAAUCUCGGUAUCCAUUGGGCUUCUUGUGUUCCUGCUUUUCUUGCGGUUCUUUGUAUGCCUGCUCCUUUCUUGUUUUACCGGUACGGGCCGGCGAUCCGGGCUCGUUGCAAGUAUUCUGCGAAGUCGCAGUUGUAUAUGGAAAAGUUGCAUGGAAGUGCGGCUGCUUAG